AUGUCGCUUCGACCACUCAACACCCAGUCGCUCCAUGGUGAUCGUGAGGGUGCGGCCCACCUCCUAUCGCCGGUGGGCUACGAUGACGACGCGGCAUCCCUCCACAGCCCGAGCGACCAAGACUCCGACAGCGAUGACGACCAGCUCCAGCUCCGCGCCCGGAACAGCCGUGAACUUCGCGCUGCUGACAGGAUAGUGUUCAUGGAGGAGGACGAGGUAGACCGCCUGGUGACCGAUUCGAGACGACAGCGGCAAGAAUCCCAGCGGCGAGGCUCCGGCCUCGCCCUCCCGAAUCCUCUGCGCCUGCUGCGACGGGCAAGCGACUCGAACUUGUCCGUCAAUGACCAGUCGGCCGACGACUACACGAACGAGAAGCGCCAUCAACGCAAAACGAGACGGAGGCAGAAGAAGGAAAAACUGAUGGAGAUGGCAUCUCACGGCGAGGACGGCGGCUUGAUGUACGAAAUGGAGGAGGGCGGCAUGAAGGAGGGAAGCAGCACCGGCGACAGCAGCGAUAGGGAAGACAGCAACGAGCUCGACCGGCGGAGGCUGGGCAUGGUCGCGAGUGCAAAGUCGGACCGGAGGCGCAGCUGGCGCAGGUGGCUCCUCAUGCACACCUUGAUCGCUGUCGGCUUCACCAUCCUGCUCCUCCUCGCCUGGAAGCUCUCACUCGGCAAGAACUCCGCCAGGACCAGAAACGCAGCUGCCUGGACGGCUUUCGCGCCGAUUUCCUGCAGAGAGGCAUCACCCCACGGCUCAACGCUUUCGUUGCCCGAAGGUGUUUCGCCCAAGUAUAUGAUGCCGUCCUUUCCAUCGGUCACGUUUCCGAACCACUAUACCUUGGCCACCGGCUUGUACCCGGAGAGCCACGGCAUCGUCGGCAACACAUUCUGGGACCCUGAGCUGCAGGCAGACUUCUACUACACGGAUCCCGCUCGGAGUCUCGAUCCCAAGUGGUGGAGCGGUGAACCUUUCUGGGUGACCGCUGAGAGGCAGGGUAUCCGGACGGCAGUUCACAUGUGGCCCGGUAGCGAGGCGCAUAUUGACGGUGUCGAGCCUAGCUUCCUUGACAAGUACAACGGCAAGGAGCUGCUGCCCAACAAAGUCAGUCGCAUCCUCGAGUUCCUGGACAUGCCCGGCAAAGAAGACCACACCAUUGCCACGACAGAAAUGCGGCCACAGCUCAUUGCUGCCUAUGUGCCCAAUGUCGAUGGUGAUGGCCACAGAUAUGGACCCAACAGCACGGAGAUCCGAGCUACCAUUGAGUCCGCCGAUGGCAUGAUGGAGGAGCUGUUCGCUGGGCUCGAGGCCCGCAACCUGACACACAUUGUCAAUGUCAUCGUCGUUUCGGAUCACGGCAUGGCGUCGACGGAUACGGCGCGGGUCAUGCAGCUCGAGGACCUUGUCGACGUCGACAAGAUCGAGCACACAGAUGGCUGGCCGCUCUAUGGUCUGCGACCCAAGGACCCUGCUGAUCUCCAAGGACUGUAUGACGGCUUGCAAGAAAAGGCCAAGACGAACCCCAACUUCGAGGUCUACCUUCGAGACGUGAAUAUGCCCGAGCGUUAUCAUUUUUCCAAAAACCAACGGAUCGCGCCGUUGUGGAUCGUGCCCAAGACGGGCUGGGCCAUCGCUGCCAAGAGUGAGUUUGACGUCGCAGCAGCCGUUGAGAAAGGCGAGAUCUAUCACCCUCGGGGCCUCCACGGCUACGACCACGAGCAUCCUCUCAUGCGAGCCAUUUUCAUCGCUCGCGGGCCAGCGUUCCAUCACCCGCCCAACAGCGAGAUCGCGCCCUUCCAAAACAUUGAGGUCUACAACAUACUCUGUGACUCAGUCGGUCUCGUGCCGAAGCCGAACAACGGCACGCUUCGCCUUCCCCUCAAACCUUCCGGCCUCCACAAGCCGGAGGACGCACCAACCGAAUUGGCGGAUCCUGAGCCGACCGCUUCUUCGACUAUCGCGGCCGUCGCUUCUACCACACAAGAACCGACAACCUCUCCAGUCGCUGUGAGCACGGAGAAGGUAGCGAGCGUGUCGACGGAGGAGCCCACAUCUACGGCGCCAAGCGCGAGCGCUACGCCCACAGGGGGCGACGAUCCCGACAAGGACCUCGCGACGAGCAUUGGAGAUGGCAUCAAACAUGCCUGGGACUGGGUGACAGGCAAGAUUGGAGAUGCUUGGGAUAAGAUCAACGGGUCAGGAUCGGAUUGA